AUGUCUGAUUUUGCCAAGAACCUUUUCGGAUUCGUCAAGCCAAAAUCAACGUCACCCGAAACAAUGGCUCCAGCACAGGAUGUAAACGAAGCACCAUUGGCACGUGUGGUUUCUUCAAGCGGCUUUCCAUCGGAAAUUCUGCCUCAUGCGACACCUACCAUUGGCUUGAACGAAAAGUCGUAUGCUGUAGGAACAACAAUCAACGACCCAAACGCUUUGAAUAGAUCCAUAAACCAAUUUGAUCAUGCACAGCAGAGCAAUUUGACUGCUCAACUGAAUACCACCCAAAGCAACCAACAUUACCAACCGUUGUUGAGUAAGACGCAGGACUACUCGUUAGCAAGUGCGGCCGACGCUGCUGAUACUAUACAGAGGGGAAAACUCCGUAUAAAUAUCAUGGAAGCUCGGGGGCUAAAUGUUACCACAAACUACUCUCAACCCUAUGUGGUAUGCACUUUUGAAUCGUCAGAAAUUGUCACCCAGGGCCCAGAGAGCUACGAUCCAAAGAAUGCACAAUUCGUCCACAGAAACAACAACGACUAUUCUACUAGAACUAAGUCUUCAGCAAAUUACAACCCCUCCAAUCCAGUGUGGCAUCAUACUGCUAUUUUUGAUGUUAUUGGUUCCAAAUCGCAAUUACAAAUCUCGGUUUAUGAUACCUCAAUAGAUGGUUCUUUUUUGGGCCAUCUGAACAUCUCCCCAAAGACAACUGAUGAUUCAAGCGUUGAGAGAUGGUACGAACUACAGCCUAGAUUACCCAAUGAGCCAGUUACAGGCAAGAUCAAGAUCAAAUUAGAUUACUCUAAUAUAAACAAAAGACAUUACGGACCAAACGAUUUUGAAAUCUUGAGACUUCUAGGCAAAGGUACUUUUGGACAAGUUUUCCAAGUUAAGAAGAGCGAUUCCAAACGAGUAUAUGCAAUGAAAGUUUUGUCCAAGCAGGUCAUUGUCAAAAAAAAAGAGAUUGCACAUACUAUUGGUGAAAGGAAUAUUCUCGUAAGAACUGCAACCACAGAAUCACCUUUCAUUGUGGGUCUCAAGUUUUCAUUCCAAACUCCAACGGAUUUAUAUUUGGUCACUGACUUUAUGAGCGGUGGAGAACUCUUUUGGCAUUUACAGAAAGAAGGGCGGUUCAGUGAAGAGAGAGCAAAGUUUUACAUUGCAGAAUUGGUUUUGGCAUUGGAACACCUACAUGACAACGAUAUUGUUUAUAGAGACUUGAAACCUGAGAAUAUUCUACUAGAUGCGAAUGGGCAUAUUGCAUUGUGUGAUUUUGGUUUAUCAAAGGCCAAUCUAACUGGUAACGGUACUACAAAUACAUUUUGUGGAACAACAGAAUAUUUAGCCCCUGAAGUUUUAUUAGAUGAAUCAGGCUAUACCAAAAUGGUUGAUUUUUGGUCUUUAGGAGUUUUGAUUUUCGAGAUGUGUUGUGGUUGGUCUCCUUUCUAUGCAGAAAAUACUCAGCAAAUGUACAAAAACAUUGCUUUUGGUAAGGUCAGAUUUCCAAAAGAGGUUUUGUCCCAUGAAGGAAGAUCCUUUGUAAAGGGGCUACUAAACAGAAAUCCAAAACAUAGAUUGGGUGCUCUCAAUGAUGCACGUGAGUUACGGGCGCAUCCAUUUUUCCAUGAUGUCAAUUGGGACAACUUGAAAGAGAAAAAAAUUCCUCCACCAUUUGUGCCUCACAUUGCAAAUGAACUAGACACUUCUAACUUUGACCCAGAAUUCACAAAUGCUUCCACUUCGGCGAUAAACAGACAGCUCAUGAUGGGGACGACACCGUUAUCACAGGCUGUGCAAGAAAACUUCAAAGGUUUCACUUAUGUUGAUGACUCAACAAUGUUUGAUCAUUUCAAUGGCUCUAUGGGUAGACGAGGUUCCUACAAACCUCAGUACGGCUCUUUUAUUCCAGGUAACCCAAAUUUACCUCCAGAUGAAGAAGUUGUGGAUGAACAAAGUGAAAUUGAGGAAGAAAAUGAAGGGGAAGAUAUGGAUGUUGAUGAUGAGUUUGUCAGUGGACAGUUCGAUUUGUAA